GACCGAACCGGUCCAAGCUGCAGGACAUGUUGGCGAACCUGCGGGACGCCGAGGAGCUCCCCUCCAUGCAGCCGCCCGUAGCUCCCCCGUCACGCCCCGCAGUCCCCAGACUCAGCGAGCACGAGCUGGGACGCCCCGAAGACGAAGCGAUGACCUUCCUGCCGUCGUCGGGGAAGUCCUUCAUCCUGGGCCGGGUGGACGAGGUGGUUUCUAACGAGCUGGGUCUGGGGGAACUGGCGGGACUCACGGUCGCUAACGAGGCCGACAGCCUGGCGUACGACGUGAGUCAAACCACCCAGAUCAUGUAG